AGCUUCACUUCUACUCAAUCCUUAAUUUCCCCCAAAAAAAAAAUAUAAACCCAACACUCUCCCGUAACACCUUUCCCUCUCUAAUUCCACAUUCAUUUACCGGAUUUUGCCACUAUGAGCUUCUUGAUUCCUAACAGAGGUGCAGUAGGAGUGAAGAAGAUUCCUCUCUCCAUCAUCGUUCUCGUUCUCUGUGGUUUCAUGUUCUUCAUACUCUUAUACACCGAGAGAAUCAGCUUGAUGUCUUCUUCGUCUUCCUCCUCUUCGUCUUCAUAUUUCUUCAAGCUAAAGUCUUGUCCGAGGAAGGACAUUAGCUCGAAACCUAAGGAGAAAGUUCGAAAAGAGAGAUCGGAGAUUUUGGAAGUGCUAGACGACAGAUUCGAAUUUGAUCCUGAAGAGUGUAAUGUUGCAUCAGGGAAAUGGGUUUACAAUAGCUCAAUCGAACCACUCUACACCGAUAGAUCAUGUCCAUACAUCGACCGUCAAUUCUCUUGUAUGAAAAACGGACAGCCAGAAACUGAUUAUCUUCGGUGGGAAUGGCAGCCUGAUGACUGUACAAUUCCACGAUUUAGUCCGAAGUUAGCAAUGAACAAACUCAGAGGGAAAAGACUACUUUUUGUGGGAGAUUCGUUGCAAAGGAGCCAAUGGGAAUCGUUCGUGUGUUCGGUGGAAUCAAUAAUACCCGAAGGAGAGAAAUCAAUGAAGCGUAGCCAAAGAUACUUUGUAUUUAAAGCUAAGGAAUAUAAUGCUACUAUUGAGUUUUAUUGGGCACCAUAUAUCGUCGAAUCAAACACGGAUAUACCUGUGAUUGCGGAUCCGAAGAAAAGGAUAGUGAAAGUGGACUCAGUGGAAGAACGAGCUAAGUUUUGGGAAGGAGCGGAUAUUUUGGUUUUCAACACAUAUGUUUGGUGGAUGAGUGGUCUCCGCAUGAACGCUCUGUGGGGUUCGUUUGGAAAUGGAGCGAGUGGUGCAGAGGCUCUAGACACUGCGGUCGCUUACAGGCUAGGGCUCAAGACAUGGGCUAAUUGGGUUGACUCCACCGUUGACCCUAAUAAGACAAGAGUCUUCUUCACCACCAUGUCUCCUACUCAUACUAGAAGUGCGGACUGGGGAAAGCCAAACGGCACCAAGUGUUUCAACGAAACGAAGCCAGUAAAGGAUAAGAAGUUCUGGGGAACAGGCUCCAACAAGCAAAUGAUGAAAGUGGUGUCAAGCGUCAUAAAGCACAUGACAACGCACGUGACAGUCAUCAACAUCACGCAGCUCUCUGAGUACCGCAUCGACGCCCACACAUCAGUCUACACCGAGACAGGUGGGAAGAUCCUAACAGCCGAGGAGAGAGCUGAUCCAAUGCGGCAUGCUGAUUGUAUACAUUGGUGUCUACCUGGAUUGCCCGAUACAUGGAACCGGAUCUUAUUGGCUAAUUUGUUGUAAAUCAAGCUAGGAAACUGGGAAGGAUUCAAACGGGGAAAAACCCAUCAAGCCUUUUCUCUUUUUGUUGUUUCCUCUUGUGUGUUUGUCGGAUUUGAAUGUACAGUAAAACCUCUAUAAAUUAA